CAUCCUGUAAACAACAUGGAGGUCACCGUCGUCAGGUCACUUCACACACGACUCAGACAACUACUGUGGCAUAGAGUAACUACCAGACACCUUAAUGGAGUAACUUUAAAGAGGCCGUGUAGCUCAUCAGUAAACAGAUAUAAUGAUGUUGAUCCAGCACCUGUAUUCUUUGAUAAAAAUGUUCAAGAAAUACUGAAGAGAGUUACUGGGUGCAACUUCAAUGCAGUCUUUAGAAGAAGAUAUGACGAGAAACCACUCAGUCCACCAAGAUAUGAAUUCCUGACAGAGGAGGAACUACAAGAGCGCAUGGAAGAGGCUAAGGGUGUUGUUGAGAAAAUCCUUCAGAUGCCACCUGUACUGAAGGAGCGCCAGCCUAUAACUGGGAUCUUAUCAAGGGAUCCUGCCCUGACUGGCUUUGACACUUGCAAAUAUAUUUUCACUGAUAUUACUUUCGGUGUAUCAGACAGAAAACGUAAUAUUGUCGUGCGAGAUAUGGAUGGGACUCUUCGUCAUGCAUCAUGGGAAGAAAGAGAUAGAAUGAAUCAAAUUUACAACCCACGUCCAGGCCGCAAGUUAAAACAACCCAAAAUUUUCCUUGAAGAAAACCUUCAGGGUGUACUGCAGAGGGAGAACUAUGAAUUUGUGCUGGAUCGAGUUUGUGCACAAUUUGAACCUGAUGAUCCGGAGUAUCAUCGCGUCUGCAGUAUGGUUUAUGAAGCGAUUGAAGGGAAACGUCACUACCAGAUGUUGCAUUCAACCCGCCACUAUGGUCCAAUGUGUUUCUAUCUUGUGUGGCAUAGGAAGAUGGAUAAUUUAUUAAUCAGUCUUAUACAACAAGAAAACUUGUCAUCUUGUGCAGACAUUGUGCAACUCCAUCAGCUUAUUCACACAUCAUCCAAGUCCAUAGCAUUAAAUGUUGAUCCCAAACAACACUUGGAUUUUGUUAAGGCAUAUGUUGAUUAUGACUCAUUGCAACGACCUCAGCUGCAGUUGGCCAUUCAAGCAUACCAAGAUAUCAUUCAGGAACGUCAGCAAUAUCAGGAGGAAAUCAAAACAGCUCAUGGAUUAUAAUUUAACUUCUCAAGAGUAAAGAAAGAAGAUGGGUCAUACUUAUGUAAGAAAGCAUAGCAGUACAAUUUAGUGAUUAAUAUGUACAAUAUGGACAUUUUUACUACAGUAGACCCUUGCCAUAGGUUCCAAGAAAUGGCACGAAUUUGCAAAACCGCGAAUAGCAACUUAUACUACCUUAGUGCAGUACUGUAUAUACCUAUACCAAACAAUUGACCAGUUGCAGCAGCACUCGUCCCCUCUUUUAACUUAUCUAAUAAUAAAACUUUCUUUGUCAGGGUCAUCACUGACUUCUGUCUUUUACAUUUCACUCCACUAGCACUAGGCAGUCUUUUUAGGGGCCAUUUCACACAUAAACACUAAACUUUUGAGAGUACAACACACAAGAUGCUGUGUGGGGUGACUCGUUGUGCUGAGGGAAAAGGCCUGCAAGCUAGCCACCAUCUGCUUACCGCGAAUUGUCAAAAUCGCAAAUCAGUGAAUGGCAAGGGUCUACCGUGUUUACUUUAAUUCAUUUAUGUCACUUGUGUUGUAAAUCUCUCUCCCUAUUAUUUCCCUGCAGCUUUUGUACCCCCUUGAUUCAACUCCCACUAAGCUGGAGAAUAUAAAUAGAGAGAGAAAGAGAGAGAUGGGUAUAACACUAGAUGUAUUGUAUCUUUCUUGGCAGACCGAUUGUAAAUGCCUUUGUGUCUCUGAAAGCACAAUCAAUAUCAGUUACACAGGAAAAAUGGUUUGCUUAGUAAGUCUAGUUAUAUUUGUUUUAAUCAAGAGUGUAAAUAUAAGCUUUCUUGUUGUUGAGAAUGUUGUGAUUGAAGAAGUCCAUAUCAUGUAGAACAAGUUUUUAGUUCUUGUCUUGAGAAAUCCAUGUUAAUAAAUUUGAGUAAGAAA